CUCACCGAACGCGAUCACCUUUACAUGUCCAAAGAUGUCCGCUACCAGGUACCGUCGGUUCUUAAAGCUGUGUGAGGAGUGGCCGCGGGACGAUGGCAAGAAAAGCCGUGAUUUGGGGACGUUUCUGCGGCAGAGAGUUGCGUCAGCCUUCCGUGAGGGUGAAAACACGCAGAUCUCAGAUCCAGAGAAGUGCGACCAGAUGUAUGAAAGUUUGGCCCGCAUUAACGGCAACAUAUACCGACAAAGAUUUCCUCGUGUAAGAGACACAAGCUUUACUGGAGUCACAGUGGAAGAAUGUAAAGUGCUUUUGUCAGGGAACGUGCAACAGAUGGAUGACGAAAAAAAGGGUUUGUGGAAGACCUUAAUGGAGAGAUUCUCCAAAUCACCAGAAGACGUUCCAGAGAAAGCUCCUGAAAAAUAACUUCCUCGUCUCUUUUUCUUUUCUUUUCUCAUUGCAUGUAUAGAAAUAAAGCUUAUUGUCUGUAUCAUUA